AUGGCCCGAGCCGAAGGAGCCGAAGCUCGUGAAUGGGUGCAGCAGCCAUGCAAAAAGAUUCCCCUCUGUGAAGCUCAAAUCAAGACGCAAAGCUAUCUGCAGCAGGACUGUGUACUGCGAAGGCUGGCAGAGCGAUUACCCGCAUCUGCAAGCAACAGCACCGAAUGCCCGAAAUUCACGCCAGACACUAUGCUUACCCCGCGGAGGCAUAAGAGCACUCCCAAGCGCCUAUGUGGGUGUAACAUACGAGAUCAACGAAAGCUCAAAGGGUUGCGCUGGAAAGGCGUAGGAACGAUCCUCAGCAGUUACAGCCAGGGUCACUCUCGUGUCCGUUGCUGGUUUGCUGGUUUGCUGGCAGACCACACAGGCCUUUUGGCCGACUCACAUCUGAUGAGCGCACCAGACAGCAAAGGCUCGGCAAAUUCGCGCAUGGCGCUCCUGCAUCGGGAGAACCGAGGCGAACCGGAUCUAGCUGCUACCGACUACCGAACAGCGCUGCGCUCUAACUUCGGGUCUGUGCACAUGGAGCCGGCUAGCUUAGUCGCAUAUCGAUUUGUCUGGUCCCUACCGCCCUUUGAUCCAUUUAUCGGUGCUUCGCAAACGACGAGCCAAUCAAAUGUUGUUCGACAGACGCUGUCGACCCUUGUACAGUAUGUAGCGCUUAAUGUUCCGCACAAUAUCGAAUGGUUGCAACAAAGUCGCUGGCGGAGUUGGCAAAGGCAUUCGAUGUCCGAACUUACGACUAGCUCGAGCAGCGUUCUCUCUGCGCUGAACAACUCCCACAGAACCGGACAACGCUGCAAGGCGGCUGCGAGGGUCGUGGGUUACUUCUUCUCCUGCUUGCUUCUUGACCCCAUGUAA